UGUUGUCAAAACUGUCAGCAUAUGGUCUUGGGGGUGCUGUGGCUAACUGGUUUAGGUCUUAUUUAAGUAACCGCAGUCAAAAAUGUUAUGUCAAUGGCCAUCUUUCUACCAACCGUACGUUACUUUGUGGUAUUCCACAGGGAACUAUUUUGGGACCAUUGCUAUUUUUAUUGUAUAUAAAUGACUUGCCAAAUUGUCUUGAGCACUCCCAAGCACGAAUGUAUGCAGACGACACCAAUUUAACAUUUGCAAGCAAUAAAAUUGAAGAUAUAGAUUAUUACUUAAUCAAGAUCUUGAAAAUGUUAAUAAAUGGCUUAUCGCCAAUAGGCUUACAUUGAAUCAAUCCAAAACUGAAUUUAUGCUAAUUGGCUCACGACAAAGAAUAGCUACUUUCCAAUCAGACCCAUGUUUUAAAAUAGACGGAAUUCCUAUAGACAAGGUUUCACAUACAAAAUCUCUAGGAGUUCACCUUGAUGAAAAUCUAUCUUGGAAUAUACAGAUCAAGGAAUUAACAAAAAAAAUUGCUUCUGGUAUUGGCGCUUUAAAACUCGUUCGUUCAUUUGUCCCAGUUGCAACAUUGUAUUUAAUUUUUAAUUCCCUUGUCCAGCCAUAUUUCAAUUAUUGCUGUACAGUUUGGGACAAUUGCAAUAAAACCUUGGCAGAUAAACUUCAAAAACUACAAAAUCGCGCAGCGAGAGUUUUGACCUUUUCAAGCUAUGACACUAAUGCCGACAUCUUACUCGAUAGACUUGGCUGGAAAAAGUUAUCUUCCCAACGCCAGUUUCAAAAGGCUGUCAUGGUUUAUAAAUCACUCAAUGGACUUGCUCCACAAUACAUGGGUUCCAUGUUUGUAAACCGUGACAGUGUCAAUCCUUAUUCGUUGAGAAACACAAAUAGUAAGCUGGCUGUUCCUAAGCCUCGCACAAACUAUCUCAAGAAUAGUUUUAGUUAUAGUGGUGCGAUGCUAUGGAACAGCCUACCGAUUGGGCUACGGCUAGCAAAUAACCUAUCAAAUUUUAAAGCGGGCUGUUCCAAAUUAUUUUAAUCUACAUUCACAUUUGUAUUAUAUUAUAUUUCUUGUAUAUAUUCCUUACACGGCUCUCAUGAAAAGCAGGUAUAUUAAUUAUUAGUUUGAUUUAUCAUUGUAAAUAUUUUUGUAGUCUUAUUUUGUAAUUCAUAAUCUUGUCAUUUGUCAGCAUGAAAAUCCUGAUUGAGAAUACCGUGUGUAAAUAAAGUUUAA